AUGCGUUCAUCUCAUCUUACUGAACUACGUCUUCUCUUAAUAUGUUUUUACAUUUAUCUCAAUUGUCAUACUAUUGUAUAUGUUAAACAAGUUAUUUUUCAUUGUUCAAUGUUAUCAUCACCUUUUGCACAUCCAUAUACAUAUAUUCAUAUUCGAGCUGUUGUUGGUGGUUGUGCUUCAUUAAUCUAUCGUUUUCUUCUUCUCUAUGCAACAUGGCGUAAAAUGGCUGAUCUACUUUUAAUUUCACUUAUUUUUUUGACAGCUCUUAUAUGUCUUCAACUUAUUUUUGAUUUUUAUGGUUAUUUUUCAGGUUAUAUUAAACAAUCAUUAUAUUAUCCUUUUAAUUCUUUUGAUAAAAAAUCAAUGGCAGAAGAAAUUAGUGAUUUGAUUUUUGCCUUAAUACAAAAUUCAUUUGGAUUAAUAUUAAGUAUUUAUAUGUUGAAAGGUAUUAUCAAUAAUAGUGGAGCAAGAAGACCCGUUAAAGAAUCGAAACAUCAAUCAUUUCAAUCAGAGUAUCAUUAA